GCGGGCGGGCAGGACUCAGUGUGAGGCGAGCCGUGCAACGGGAAGGUCGCGCAGCGUGCGCCCCGUGCAGCCCUCAGCUCCCACCGCACCCCGCAGCCAGGCCGGGCCACCAUGGCUGAUCAACUGACAGAAGAGCAGAUUGCAGAAUUCAAAGAAGCUUUUUCACUAUUUGACAAGGAUGGUGAUGGUACUAUAACUACAAAGGAGUUGGGGACAGUGAUGAGAUCACUUGGUCAGAACCCCACAGAAGCAGAGCUACAGGAUAUGAUCAAUGAAGUAGAUGCUGAUGGCAAUGGCACAAUUGACUUUCCAGAGUUUCUGACAAUGAUGGCAAGAAAAAUGAAAGAUACAGAUAGUGAAGAAGAAAUUAGAGAAGCGUUCCGCGUCUUUGACAAGGAUGGUAAUGGUUACAUUAGUGCUGCAGAACUCCGUCAUGUGAUGACAAAUCUGGGGGAGAAGCUAACAGAUGAAGAAGUUGAUGAAAUGAUUAGGGAAGCAGACAUUGAUGGUGAUGGUCAAGUAAACUAUGAAGAGUUUGUACAAAUGAUGACAGCGAAGUGAAGACGUUGUACAGAAUGUGUUAAAUUUCUUGUACAAAAUUGUUUAUUUGCCUUUUCUCUGUUUGUAACUUAUCUGUAAAAGGUUUUUCCCUUACUGUCAAAAGAUUAUGCAUGUAUAGUAAUUAGAAGGCCAUUCCUCCAUGUUUUUCUCCUUUAUCUUACUGUCAUUGUUCUGAUUUUUGGAAAAUUGAUCUAAGUAACAAAUGUUGCAUGUGGCUUACUCUGGAUAUUUAAGCCCUUCUGCACAUCUAAAGUUAGAUGAAGUUGGUUAACUGAGGGAACAUCUGGAUUGUCUAUUAAAAAGUAGCUUUCUCUAGGAAACUUAGGUAUGACUAGUGUGACAAGUUACAUAAAGUAAGCCAGGGUUUACCGUGCAUUAGCUGAUCCUUAGUUAAAGCAACAUACUGGUUCUAGUUCUCGAGUACAUAGGAGUUUUUCCUAUAGGAGCUUUUACCCCUUUCUGUGAUGGGAGGAUAAGGACUCUUGCAGCUUAACUGCAGGAUAAAAUGAAGUGAAUAGCAUUUAUCAUAUGGCUAAUGCACUGUAAAAGUCAUUCUCCUAGCUUACUUCACAGUAACUUGUUUGUGGCCAUACCUGUAACAUGUUGUUGAAAUGUGGAGUCUUAACGUUGUAGACGAUUGACAGUCAACAAUAUGAAACUUAAGUUGCACUAAUGCAAAACGGGUGAUUUAUCCAGGUACUCGUACACAAGGUUUUUUUGUACUGCUGGUCCUGUGCCAGAAAACAUUUUCUCCUCUUGUUACUAUGCUUUUUAAACUUUGUUUAGCCACUUAUUUUCAAAAAAAUCUGCUUAUGGCACGAUUUGCCUCAAAUCCAUUCCAAGUUGUAUAUUUGUUUUCCAAUAAAAAAUUACAAUUUACCCAUA